AGACAGUGUAUUUUUUGCAUCAGGCCAAUUUGAGUUCUAGGUUCUGCCUACCUCUAAUUUAAAUGCCACAAUACUGUAAAUUGAGUGUCUGAUAAACUUAUUAAUAGUGUAUCUCACCGUGCUUUAUUUCUGUCUAGUUUAUUGAUUGUUGUUGAUUAUCCAUUAGUCAUGCCGCUAUUGUAUUGUGUUAACAUGUUGUACCCUUAGCUAUGGACGGUAUGUGGAGGGAACCGGCUCAGUACUGCAGUGCUGUAUGGAAACAGAGAUGGAGACUGUGUUUACUAGUCUAGACGAGUAUUCUGAAGAAGAAAAACUCCAGCGGCUGUUGAAAUUGAAGCUCCGUUAUUUUACUCCUAGAGAAGUUGCCAACCUCAUGGGUUUCCCUCAGAGCUUCUCCUUUCCAGACCAAAUCCCUACAAAGCAGCAGUACAGAGUCCUAGGAAACAGCCUGAAUGUUGUCGUGGUGGCCAAACUCCUACAACUGCUGGUCUCCUAGCACUUGGGACGUGUCUCCAGAGGAGACCAUUUUAUUUGUCAUUGUGGAUUAUAUUGUAGAGUGCUCUCUGCCUAGUGGCCGUGUUAGAAAAUGUUUAGUCUAGUUUUUGUUGGGGAUGUUAACUGGUCAAAUGCUGGUCAAACACUGGUCAAAAAUAGUUAAUUGAUAUCGCCAUCGAACAGAGUAUAUUACAUGUUUCUUACAUGUAACUUAAAACAGUGCAUGUCUCUUUUGGCUAACUUGGAACUUGAAUAUGUCUGUUUUCAAGAGCACAAUAAGAAAUUUUUCAAAUACUUAAAAUAAAAACCUUAAAAACAAA